AUGAACUCCUCUUCGCCCUACGUCGUGCUGUACAGCCCGGAACGGAUAGACUUCGCCGUCCAUUCCGGCGGACGCGAAGUCAGCGACAAGAAGAGACCUUGUCUGGUCACGGCGGUAGAGGAGCAUCGGAUUCGACUCGCUCCGAUGCUGACAGCCCGGAAGCGUUCAAGGAUGAACCCCGAUUCAUGGAGCAUUGUCGACUAUGGUUCGCAAGGUCCCGAUCGACCCAGCCAUCCGAACCCCGAUGCGGCGACCUUCGAACUCACCCUGAGGCCGGGUCGUACGCGCGGAUGGCGACCGACGAGCUGCUUCGUGUGGACGCGCGAUGGAGGGGAGUGGGUCCAGUUGAGUGCCUUCCAAGCACUGCGGGCCCAGGGGAAGGCAUCGGUCAUCGACACGGCCUUCGAGCUGGAUGCGAUGCAGAUCGAAUCGCUGCGGUUGAUGCAUGGCGUUCUGGAGGAUGAUAGUACCGGCAACGGCGAUGAAAGAAUAACUAGCUAG